AUGAGAAGUUUCAAAGAUGAAUGUGCAAUCGAACAAAGUGGAGUUGUUAUAGCAACAAAUAUAGCAGAGACAAGCAUAACAAUAGAUGAUGUUAUUUAUGUAAUUGACUGUGGAAAACAUAAAGAGAAUCGCUACAAUCCUCAAAAGAAAUUAUCAAGCAUGGUAGAAGAUUGGAUUUCUCAAGCAAAUGCAAUGCAGCGUCGUGGUAGAGCUGGACGUGUAAAACCUGGAAUUUGCUUUUGCUUGUACACUCGUCAUAGAUUUGAAAACCUCAUGCGUCCAUAUCAGGUUCCAGAGAUGCUUCGGAUGCCAUUAGUUGAAUUGUGCCUUCAGAUUAAGUUACUGUCUCUUGGAUAUAUAAAGCCAUUUUUGUUGGAAGCAUUGGAACCUCCCAAGGUUGAAGCAAUGGAUUCAGCAAUAUCUUUGUUGUAUGAGGUUUUUAAGGUGCCUUAUAUAUUUAAGGUCGGUGCUCUUGAAGGGGAUGAAGAGUUGACACCUCUUGGGCAUCAUCUGGCAAAACUUCCUGUGGAUGUAUUAAUUGGGAAGGUAACAGCUAUCACAGUUAAAACUGACUCUAGUAGUGCGGGAGUGGAGUGGAAUGGCCUUGUACUUUUCACGGAGUACCUAGCUCUUGUAGGCGUCACUGAGCCAUUUGCAAGACCAAUUAGAGAAAUUUGCUACUUUGUGGCCACUCCUAUUUUGUUGGUGCAAGACAAGGCUCUGGCAACUCUUUCUUGCUGCCACCGUCAACCUCCUGAAUUUCAUUCCAAAUGCUUUAUGAUGCUGUAUGGUGCAAUAUUUGGUUGUUUGUCUCCUAUUCUUUCUGUUGCUGCAUUUCUGAGUUACAAGUCUCCAUUUGUAUAUCCUAAGGAUGAGAGGCAAAAUGUUGAAAGGGCAAAAUUGACACUGUUGAAUGAUAAGCUAGACGGGCCUAGCAACACAAAUGAUAUUGAUAGGCAAUCCGAUCACUUACUGAUGAUGGCAGCAUAUAAAAGAUGGGAGAGGAUUCUGACGGAGAAAGGAUCUAAAGCUGCACAAAGAUUCUGCAAUUCAUUUUUUUUGAGCACCUCUGUAAUGUUUAUGAUAAGGGAGAUGAGGAUACAGUUUGGAACUUUGCUAGCAGACAUUGGUCUCAUUACUCUUCCGAAAGCUUAUCAGAAGCAUGGAAAGAAGAUAGGGAGUCUUGACAAUUGGCUUUCUGAUGCGUCACAACCAUUUAAUAUAUAUGCACAUCAUUCGACAGUUAUCAAGGCUAUACUAUGUGCAGGUUUAUAUCCCAAUGUAGCUGCUGGUGAACAAGGCAUUGUUGCAGCAGCUCUCAGCAGCCUUAAGCAGUCUUCUAGCUCUGCAAAUUCUGGUCGUACAGUCUGGUUUGAUGGAAGAAGAGAGGUUCAGAUUCACCCUUCUUCUAUCAACAGUAACUCAAAAGGAUUCCAGUACCCCUUUCUUGUGUUCCUUGAAAAGGUUGAAACAAACAAAGUAUUUCUUCGAGAUACUUCAGUCAUAUCACCAUAUUCUAUUUUGCUGUUCGGAGGGUCAAUCAAUGUCCUGCAUCAGACUGGUCAGGUCACAAUUGAUGGAUGGUUGAAAUUGACUGCACCUGCCCAAGUAGCUGUCUUGUUCAAGGAGCUGCGAUUAGCACUCCAUUCCAUUCUGAAAGAGUUGAUUAGAAAGCCAGAGAGCGCAACUGGUCUGAAUAAUGAGAUCAUUAAAUCAAUCAUCACUCUGCUUUUAGAAGAAGGAAGCAUGCCCCAGUGA